CACUCAGAAAUUAUAAAAGUUUUGCUGCCUCGCUCCUAUUUGCUAGGUUUUAGGACGUCUUUUAAAAUCUCAGUUGUCGUUCAGUCGUAACUCUCACUGGCAGACUGUGAAUUUAAACAGUUAAUCUCAGCAGAAGUUACAAAUUUUCUGGGAAAAAAAAUUAUCUACCAAUCAGUGAAUGAAUCUUUAAAAAGAUACUCAGAAAUUAGCUAGAUAUGUCAGACAUUAGCAAAAUUUUCCUGUCGAGGGUCCAGAUCGCAUCAAAAUCUUUACAACAGCAGCAAAAGCAGCAUUCGCCUCACUGGAAUGUCUUUACUUGUGCUCCAGGAAUGAUAUUGAUGAAUGAAGACCGAAUUUAUCUCAUUAAACCCGUGAUAUUUUUAACCGAAUUAAACGCCGUCUCCAGUUCAAGUGAUUGAACUUUAGUGGUUAAAAGUGAACGGUUUCUUGCCAUCCGUACGAUUUUACAUACAUACGUGUAUGGAUCCAUGGAUGUGCGUGUGCGUUUGCGCCUGUGCACGCAUACGUACGCUCACAUAUAUAUCGAGGCUCGAAAGUGAAAGAGAAGUUACUGAUUGCCUAAUUUUAUUCAGCAGAACUAAAUUCUGGUAACUUUUGGAUGACCCCUGCGAGACAAAGACAGGACAGAUCUAUUGUACAUGAUAUUGCCCUCUUCUUUGACGGCUUUUCUGUUCCCCGCUUCCUUCUCGGUUUCCUGCCUUUGCAGCCCACUUCAGCUCCUCGCUCGGUGUAUUUCUUUGGCUAUUUUAUUUAAAGCGAGGUAACAAACCCCGGUGGCGGUUGCGGCUGGUGAACCGGACGGCGGGGCACCGUCGUCACCCCGCGGGGCUGGGGGAAGCCAGCUCAGGCAGACAAAAGGCUGGCCCUACCUGCGGGCCGGGGAGGCGGCCACCGCCCGGGGAGUCCCCCUACACCUCCGGUACCUGCUUUGGGGGGUGCGACCCGCCGGAGAGGGGGGUCACUCGGUUACAGGGAUAUUAUCGAGUGAAAUCGGUGGAAACGCUGAGCUGCGGAGAAAUCCGGUGAUCGGCUCCCGCCUCCCCAUUGGCCGGGCCGGUCACAUGCCCGCCUAACUUUAUUCAGUUGACAGCAAGUAGGAGGGCUCUAUGGCAGGGGAAAAAAAGACAACACGAGAAAAAUUAGUAUUUUCUACCUUCAGAAAUUAAUGGCCAUGAGUUCGUAUAUGGUGAACUCUAAGUAUGUGGACCCCAAAUUUCCUCCUUGCGAGGAAUAUUUGCAGAACAGCUACCUAGGCGAGCAGGGGGCCGAGUACUACAGUGCCUCGCAGGGCUCUGAUUUCCAGCACCAGGGACUCUACCCACGGUCAAACUACAGCGAGCAGCCCUUUAGCUGUAGCAAUGCCCAAGGCUCUGCCGUGCAGCCGCGGGGUCACGGACAGGAGCAAUCCGGCCCAGCGAGCCACUUCCCCGGCCAAGCAGAGCAUUGUCCACCGCCUCCAAUGUCCAACUCGCGAGCCUGCAGCCAGCAGCCGGCCCUCAAACCCCCAAACGGGUCAGCAGUUAAGCAGCCAGCAGUAGUUUAUCCCUGGAUGAAGAAAGUCCAUGUUAACUCGGUGAAUCCCAAUUACAACGGAGGGGAACCUAAACGCUCCCGCACAGCUUACACCAGACAGCAAGUCCUAGAACUGGAAAAAGAAUUUCAUUUUAACAGGUACCUGACCAGGCGCCGCCGUAUCGAGAUAGCCCACACUUUGUGUCUCUCUGAGCGCCAGAUCAAGAUCUGGUUUCAGAACAGAAGAAUGAAGUGGAAAAAAGAUCACAAACUGCCCAACACGAAGGGCAGGUCUUCUUCCUCUGGUUCAAACCCCCAUUUACAGACUGGUUCCAAGGACCAUCAGACUGAUUUGACAACUUUGUAGAAGAGGUGAAAUUUUCCAUUUCAUCCUUCGCUUCUGACCAGUACUGUACAUAACUGACACUGCCCAAGCAGAACCUGCAUGUAGCAGCUAAGGACUCGAGAAACUGUCAUCUUUCUUUAAGGUACUGUUGUACAAAGGAGACAAAAUGACGCUACUUUGGACUUUAUUUUAUUUGCCUCUGCUAGCACAACCUAAAAAAAAAAAGAAAAAAAAAGGAAAAAAGGGGGAAAGAAAGAAAGAAAAACCAAACCCAAAACAUCAUGCAGGCAGUGGGAAUUGGGAAAAUAUUAAACGAGACCUUCUGUCCAUAAAAAGUAAUAAAUCAUUGAAAAUGAAACUGUCCUGUGUUUCAGUUUUGAAUUUGAAAGUGAGGGUUUGAUGCUUUAUUCUGGAAUUUUUACUUUUAAUUGUCUUUUUAUCCCAUGCAGUUUCGGGAAGAUGCAUUUGGGCAAGUUGAGGGCAGGAAAUUUAUAGCAUAGUCUUUUCUUUGAACGUAAAGACUAGUAAUUGUGAACUUUUUGUGCUGCUUUACCUUGUGUAAUGAAAAUACUUGCUCAUUUCCAUAACGUCUCAGAAGGUGUGCAUAGGAAUUAAGUGAAAACGGGUUAUUUUAUGUACUGAUAGUGUUAGCGUAUUUAUUUAUUUGUUAUGUAGAAGAGUGAAGAUAAAAAGAACAAUAGUCAAACCAAAAACGGGGAAGGGGAGCUGAAAUACAGUACUUCUCCUUCCCAGUCUCAUGAACACAUGUAUAAUGUUUACUCGUCUUGAACGUACACAACUUUCUUGUCCCUUUUUUUGAAUUUCCUUCUUUGUGAACAGCAAAAGCGCCCCUGCUCCUUACCA